AUGCGACCUCGGCAACCUCCACCCUCCACCCUCCACGUCUUCGACGCCGCGUACGGACCCGUCCCCCUGGAGCCGACCCAGUUUGUCAGCCUCUGCGCGUACUUGUGCCGCCUCCUCCGCUGGGGCUGGCACAUCCAGACCGCCGACACGGACGCCUUCAUCCGUCUUAUACGACGAUGGUUCCUCCAGCAGCCGCGUGGCGGGCAUGGCGAGCGUAUCCUGACGGAGCUGACGUUGCGGGAACUCUGGCGAGACAACCGCUACCUGUUCCUCCGCACCGAGUUGAGCCUGUGCAGCAUCCUGCGCCGAAACACACUUUGGACGGACGCCGCCACCGCUGACCAGGACGUCCCGACAGAGGAAGCCACGUCGACCACUGAUGACCGAGUUCGGAUGGCUGUGAAGGCCCAUUUCGAGCAGGAAUGUGUCCGGUGUCCCUGGCAACAUCGUCCGCGAGCGGACAGGGGGGAAAGGGUGGUGGGCGUCGAGGUAGAUCUGCUAAAAGAGCCUUGCGUCGGCCCUUGCAUGCCUGCCCGACAGAUCCUGGUCGCGAUGCGGUGCAGACCAGGCCCAUACCUCCUAGCCUCAACCGCCCUCCCCUCUCUCGAAGCCAGCGACGUUGCUGCCUGGGAGGACGCCGGCGCGUGUCCCGGUCUGCCGCGUGUCUUUCGCGAACCCAAGACGGCCCUCGCAGGCUCCCACACUGGGCUCGGCGAUUUGUCGCUUGGCGCUCAUACGUCUGCUCCAGAGACGGCGUGA